GGAGCCGGGAGGCGAACUUGGGACCCGCUGGCCUCGCUCGGUGCACGCCUCCCUCCCCGCAUGCAGCCCGCCGAGCGCUCGCGGGUCCCAAGGAUCGACCCGUACGGAUUCGAGCGGCCUGAGGACUUCGACGACGCCGCCUACGAGAAGUUUUUCUCCAGCUACCUGGUCACGCUCACCCGCAGGGCGAUCAAAUGGUCCCGGCUGCUGCAGGGCGGGGGCGUCCCCAGGAGCCGGACAGUGAAGCGCUAUGUCCGGAAAGGGGUCCCGCUGGAGCACCGUGCCCGCGUCUGGAUGGUGCUGAGUGGGGCCCAGGCUCAGAUGGACCAGAAUCCCGGCUACUACCACCAGCUUCUCCAGGGAGAGAGAAACCCCAGGCUGGAGGACGCCAUCAGGACAGGGUGAAUAAUAUUCCACGCAUGGGCAGACUACAUUUUGUUCAUUUAUCCAUCUAUCAGUGGACCUCUGGGCUCUCCUGCUGCACGGCUGUUAUGGGUGGCAUGGCCGUGAGCCUGGACCUGAACCGGACCUUCCCCGACAACGUGAAGUUCCGGAAGACCACGGACCCCUGCUUACAGAGGACCCUGUACAAUGUGCUGCUGGCAUAUGGGCACCAUAACCAGGGAGUGGGCUACUGCCAGGGAAUGAAUUUUAUAGCAGGAUAUCUGAUUCUUAUAACAAAUAAUGAAGAAGAAUCUUUUUGGCUGUUAGAUGCUCUUGUUGGAAGAAUACUACCAGAUUACUACAGCCCGGCCAUGCUGGGCCUGAAGACCGACCAGGAGGUCCUCGGGGAGCUGGUGCGGGUGAAGCUGCCGGCUGUGGGGGCCCUGAUGGAGCGUCUCGGUGUGCUGUGGACGCUGCUGGUGUCCCGCUGGUUCAUCUGCCUGUUUGUGGACAUCUUGCCCGUGGAGACAGUGCUUCGGAUCUGGGACUGUUUGUUUAACGAAGGCUCGAAGAUUAUCUUCCGGGUGGCCCUGACCUUAAUUAAGCAGCACCAGGAGUUGAUUUUGGAAGCCACCAGCGUUCCAGACAUUUGCGAUAAGUUUAAGCAGAUAACCAAAGGGAGUUUCGUGAUGGAGUGUCACACGUUUAUGCAGAAAAUAUUUUCAGAACCUGGAAGCUUAUCCAUGGCCACCGUCGCCAAGCUCCGCGAGAGCUGCAGGGCCCGGCUGCUGGCGCAGGGGUGAGCGUGCCUGUCCCCUGCGUUGCUCGUCUCUACACUGACGAUGCCCCUUUCCAGAGUUGACACUGGACCAACUUUCACUGCUUUCCUUUUUAGUGUUGUAAAUACUUGACAUCGCUACACUUUAGUUGUGAGUUUUUUAAAAGAGCAGUUUAAAAUCAGGUCAUUCUACCAGCUUUUGAUGAUUAGCUAUGAAGUCAUACUUUUUAAAGAAAACUUAUUUUUACCUGAGAGAUCAAUAAUAUAUAAAAUGUGAGUGUGGGUUUGUAUCUAAUAAAGUAUGCCAACACCUG